AGAGGACCCAUUCAAACUAAGCGGGACUCUAACAAAAAAGCCGUGUUGCAUCCAACUUCGUAAAACCCUAGAUUCAAAAAUUAGGGUUCAUAUUCUAAAAUCCUCCCAAUUUGGGGUUUCUCUUCCUAUCUAGCAUUUUGUUUAGGGCGUCCAAUUCGUCGGGCUUCGGUGAUGGAGGAUCCGGACCGGAACAAGCUGUUUCUUGGGGGGGUUUCGUGGGAGACCACCGACGAGACCUUGAGGGACCACUUCUCGAAGUAUGGAACUGUGGUUAGCUCUGUGAUCGCGAAGGAUCGGAGUACUGGCAACCCUCGAGGGUUCGCUUUUGUCUCCUUCUCCGACUCGUCAUCCGUCGACACUGCUCUACAAGAUACUCAUGAAAUUCUCGGAAGAACGGUAGAGGUGAAAAGAGCCAUACCCAAAAGUGAGCAACAGCAGAAUAGGGGGUUGAUUAGAAACGGUAGGGUUAACAGUAGGAGUAAUGAUCAAUUUAGGACCAAGAAGAUUUUUGUAGGAGGGUUAUCGGCCAAUCUAACUGAGCAAGACUUUAAGAGUUACUUUGAAAAGUUUGGUAGGAUCACAGAUGUAGUUGUGAUGCAUGACAACAUGACUCAUAGGCCACGAGGAUUUGGGUUUAUUACCUUUGACUCAGAGGAUGCUGUUGAGGAAGUGAUGCAGAAGAAUUUUCAUGACUUGUGUGGCAAACUGGUGGAAGUUAAGAGGGCGGUACCCAAAGAUGGUAGUCUUAGUGGUGUUGGAUAUAAUAAUGCAAGGUUAAGUAGUGGAAGCACUUCUCCCUUUGGUGAUUACCAGCAUGGAAACUAUCCACCUUAUAGUCCUAGAUAUGGUGUUUUCCCUGGUUAUGGGCACGUUACAGGAUAUGGAAAUGCUGCUGGGUAUCCAUAUGGAACAGGAAUUCUUGGAGGUGGUUUUCCUUCUGGUGGGCUAUACAGUGGUCUUGGUUAUGGAGUUGCUCCUUUCCAACCUAGGAGUCCCUGGAAUGUCCCUUCAAUGACUGGGCCAAGGGGAAGCCCAUUGCUCUAUGGUGGUAGCACUGCCUUCUAUCCCGCUUAUAUGAAUGGUGGUGUUAGCCCAAUGGGCUUUGCUCCUAAUGGAUAUGUGGGGACCGGAAUGAAUGGCGCAUCAGGUUCAACACAUCCUCAGAUUGCCAAUCAGAGCUGGAGAGGUAAUAACGAACACAACAAAUCUUAUUCUGCUGGUAAGUUCUAACUGAUUAUUUUGUGACAAAAUGUGGAUAUGGUGACAGGUUAGUAAUUUCCCACACAGAUGGAUGGGGAAGUCUUGAGGUCAAUUGACUAGAUGUCCUUUUUAGGACAUCUACUAAUGUUAUCCGAUGCUGCCUGAUUGUGUCAUUUUUAUUAUCAAUAACUUAUGGGUACAGAUUCAAGAUGGAUGUAACAUAAUUCUUUAAAUUCAUUAUCUUUUCCGAGUGCUUUGGCUUUCAUUUUGUUUUCUAUUGUUCUAGAUGUUAAUUUUAAAAAAUUCUUUGUGUAAGUAUAUUGGAAGUUGGAGAUCAAUGCUGCAUACCCCAUUUAUCCAUUGUGAUUUUGUUUGUUUUACAUGGAUAGUUUCCCACCUUUGGAGAUUAUUGCUCCCAUUGUAAAUUUCAAUUCCCUAAACAUUAAAGAUGCCUUGUUCAAGUUUCCGAGUCCAGGAUUUUGAAAAGGCUGAACAUGUAGUCAGUAUGUUUUUCUUCUGAUUUG